AUGGAGGUCAUUGACCUCGAACCCACCUCCACCGCCGAAGAUGUUCUCGCAGCACUAAAAAGCGCUUUCCUGGCGUCAAGCAAAGGUGACAAGCAAAUUGAGUCAGCAGUCAACGACAUUAAGGUCACCUCCAUGUGGAGGUUGAAGAACGGGCAGCAAGUAGCCAAAGUUAGCGUGCCAAGGCGGGAAAAACCAACAGAGGUCAAUAGAGUACGGGUAGGAUGGACGAGCUGCAGGCUUAGAAUUCGCCAUCCUGAAGCCACCAGGUGCUUCAAGUGCCACGGCUUCGGUCACUCCCAGGGUAGUUGUUCGGAACCGGAUUUGAAAGACUCCUGCCGCAGGUGCGGGUCGAAAGAUCAUAAGGAAAGGGAUUGCUCCGAAACAACGAUGUGCAUCGCCUGCGAUCGGGCGGGGUACAAGUCAGGGCCCCACAGACCCGGCAUGGCUGCCUGCAAGGCCAGGUGUGCUGCCGAGUCCUGGCGCUCCAGCAACCGUCGCAAUGAUUAA